AUGGUAGGGUUUAGUGAUGGAAGCAUUAUGUCAUUGAGGUUGGAGAAUUUCCAAACAUUCAAGAAGACGGUGCUGAACUUCUGUGGAUCUUUCAAUUUUAUAGUUGGAGCGAAUGGAUCUGGAAAGAGCAGCAUAGCGAAUGCGAUUGUGCUUCUGUUUGGAGGGACGCCUAGAUGCAUAGGUAGAGGAAAGACGAUUGGUGAGUAUGUAAGGCUUGGAGAGGAUGCUGGGGAGAUUGAGGCAUGUGUGUAUGAUGGAGGAAAUGAGCUGAGAUUAGGCAGGCAUAUAAGAAAAGAUGGCCAAAGCAAGUAUUUUGUUGAUGGAGUGAUGUGCAAGAAGGUAGAGUAUGAGGGUGUUGUACGAAGGCUGAGAGGAAAUGUUGGAAACUUAUGUCAGAUUUUGCCCCAAGAGAAGGUUGCAGAGUUCACAAGGCUAUCGUGUGAGGACUUGCUGAUUGAGGUGCUUGAGGCGGCUGAAGAGAAGGAGGCACUGGGAAUGAUGAAGGAGCUUGGAGAUCUUGAAUGUGAGAAGAAGAAAGUGUUUGAGGAGCUUGAAAUGGAGGUCAAAAGGAGAGAAUGUGUGGAUAGAAUGGUAAGUUCGUUAGGAAAUGAUGUCAGAAAGAUGAAAGAGAAGGAGGAGAAAGAGAGUAGAAUAAAGAUGAUGUGUGAGAAGAAGAACUGGAUGAUUUAUGCGAAGUAUCUUGAGCAAUUUUUGGAAAGCAAACGUGUUUUAUGCACACUGAAGAGGCAAAUAGAGGAGAAAGCAUCUGAUGCAGCAAGGAUUGUGCAUGAGAUAGAAGAGUUGAAAAGUGAGGAGUCGCAGAGAAGGGUUGAUUUACUAAUUGGUAUGCUGUAUGAAGAUGAUAGCGUGUUAGCAAAGCUUGCUAUUGAUCUGAAAGGAAUUCAGCACGAUUUUGAAAUGCUAGAGGUAGACAAAGAGUGUCUAAGAAACAAGGAAGAUAAGAGAGAAGCAGAGAUAGUAAGUGUAAAAAAAGAAAUUGAGGGGCUUGAAGAAGAGAUGUGUAGGAUUAAGGUGCCUGCAUGCCCAAAUGAAAUUAAUGCAAGUGUAGUUUAUGAUCUUGAAGAAAAGGCAUCUAAUUUGAUGAGGAAGAGAGGAAGAAUACAGCAUGAGUCUGGAGAACUGAAGCGUGGGAUUGAUGAGCUCAAUAAAAAGAAAAGAGGGGCUGAGGAAAUGGAAGAGAUGAGAAUGCAAAUUCUUAAGAAGUAUCACAUUGAUACAUACAGAGCUGUUUGCUGGCUUAGGGAAAAUAGACAUCAAUUCAAAGAGGAGAUAAUAGAACCGCCGUUUCUUCAUUUACGAAUAAAAGAUGCAGAUUAUACAAUUGAAGUAGAGAACUUUUUAGGAUUCCAGUCGCUAUCGUCUUUUAUAUGCAAACUACCUGAAGAUUUUGAAAAGCUUGUAGAGAUCAUGAAGGAUGAAAAGAAAUGGAGGAUUAAUGCGAUUGAGGCUGUUUGUAGUGAUGAGAGGCCAAGCGAUACAAUUGUGCCAAAGGAAGUGCUGAUGAAGUUGGGAUUUGACGGUGUUUUGAGCGAUUUUCUAGAGUGCAGGGAUGAGGUCUUAGAUUAUUUGAAUGUGGUUGGCCAUUUUGAUCAGAUUCCGGUGUGUAAGCGGAGCAUUGAUGAGACCUUUGUGUUCAAGACGACGAAUGUGAGAAGAAUGGCAGUAGGAGGAAGAUACAUAGAGGUUAAAAGAAGCAGAUAUGGAGAGGAUUAUGUGAUAAUUGACAAUCCUUUGAAAGCCAGGAAUUUGUUUUCCACGGGGCUGUCUUUGCAAGAGUUGAAAGAGGUAGAAGGCUUGCUUGAAAUAAAGAAUGCAAGACGAAGGCAGAAUGAGGAAGAGUUGAAGAGUGUUCUUGAGGAGUAUGAGGGGAUAGAUAAGCGACUAAAGGAUGCUUAUGAAGAGAAGAGUCGCUAUGAUGCAUUGUGCAUGGAAGUAAAAAAGAAGGAAACACAGAUUAAAUUGUUGAAUGGAACUAUUGAGAGGAAGAAGCAAGAAAUGAAAACGCUUGAAGCAAGAUACGACCUAGCCAAAGAAAAUGAUAGGAUAAACAGAUUAGCAGAGGAAUUGGAUGUAAUGCAAGACGAUAAGCAUGAAGAGAUCAAAAAGCAUUUAUAUAAUGAGAGAUACUUUGAGGUGUUUUGUGAAGCACAAAAGGUAUCUAGAGAUGCAGAAGGAAUAAAGAAGAAGAGAUCGGCCUUGUUAGAAUGCAAAAUGUCAAUUGAUAAAGUAUUGAUGGAUAUUGAGAGUGAAGUGCUUGAUAAGAAGAAAGAGUGUCGCGAGAUCAAGAAGCUUAUUGAUGAGAAGAAGAAUGUCCUUAGUAGCAUUAAGAAGACGGAAGAGUAUGAGCUAAUAUUAGCAGAGCUUCCGAAUAGCAUACAAGAGCUUGAUGAGGAAAUAUCAAAAGAAAUGGUACGAUUGAAGUUUUAUAAUGCAGAUGAAAGAGCAAGCAAUGAGCUUGAAGCAAGCAUGCGUGAUUUAGGGCAGAUAGACCGCAAAAUUCUGGAGAGCCGAGAUAAUUUGAAGUGCAUUGAAGAAAAUAUAUCAAAAAUCAAAAGCGAAGUAAUCGAUAGAAUUAGUGAGUUGGCGGAUGAAAUAGACAAACCGUUUGCAGAUCUUUUUAAGAUGGCAGGAGGAGAGGGAAAGAUCAAGUUUGUUUCUGAUGAUUUGGAAGUUUGCAAAUGGAAACUGAACAUUAUGGUUAGGUUUAAUGCAGGAGACAGUUUAGAGGUCUUAAGCUCGCAUAGGCAAAGCGGAGGAGAGCGUUCUGUUUCGAUCAUUUUAUUUCUAUUGGCAAUGCAAAGCCAUAGUGCAUCUCCUUUUCGUCUUGUUGAUGAAAUAAACCAGGGCAUGGAUGCAGACAACGAGAGGUUGAUUCAUGACAUUCUUGUUAAUCUUAGCGAGCAACAGAAGAUCAGCCAGUUUUUUAUGAUAACACCAAAGAUAGUUCCAGGUCUUAAGUAUUGCAAGAGCAUGAAAGUUAUUAUUCUGUACUCAUUCAAUGGAAAUAUUGAGCAAAGCGAUUUUGUAAAGUAUAAGUUAAAGAUGCUUGCAUAG